CUCCUCUGUUUCUCCUUUAUUUGUUGCUCAAAACUGAAGCCUGAAGGAAUCGAAAAAGAAGAAAGGAAAAAAAAUAAAAAAUAAAAAUGCCGCUGAUAUUCACAUGAGACUUAUAACAUAUCCGAAAAGUCACCAAAUUCUAGAAUUCUUUUUGUGUUUGCUGACCAAAGACUCUUCUCCUCUUCAAUUUCUGGUUGAAUUCCAAAAUCUCUGCUUUAAAAAAACACAACAACAAAAUCUCUUUUCUCUCAUUUGUUUUGUGUUUCUUAUAUUCUUUGAUAACUUCAAGUUGGGGUUUUUAUUUCAGUGAUUUGGGUUUCAUCAGGAAGAUCUCACAAAAAUGGCAGGUCGUUACGAUCCCAACCCUUUUGAGGAAGAAGAAGUUAAUCCCUUUUCUGAACAAGAGAGGAAGGCCAAAGCUUCAGGCCAGUCAAACUUUUCGGGAGGAGCCUUCUAUAUGACUAAUCCUGGGAGUGUUCCUCCGGCCUCAAAUUCAAGGCUUUCACCUCUUCCACCUGAGCCAGCUGAUUUUUACAAUCCUACUGCAACAGUUGAUAUUCCUCUUGAUUCAGGAAAGGAUUUGAAGAAGAAAGAAAAAGAGCUUCAAGCAAAAGAGGCUGAAUUGAGAAAGAGAGAAGAGGCACUCAAACGGAAAGAAGAUGCUGCUCAACGAGCUGGAAUUGUUAUUGAAGAGAAGAAUUGGCCUCCAUUUUUCCCAAUUAUACAUCAUGACAUUGGAAAUGAGAUACCGAUUCAUCUGCAGAAGUUACAAUACACAGCUUUUUCAACACUGCUAGGAUUGGCAUUAUGUCUCACCUGGAACAUUGUAGCAGUUACUACAGCUUGGAUAAAGGGUGGUGAUGCAACUAUAUGGUUCCUUGCUAUUAUCUACUUUAUAUCGGGUAUUCCUGGUGGAUAUGUCUUGUGGUACCGUCCACUUUACCGGGCUUUUAGGACUGAAAGUGCUUUGAACUUUGGAUGGUUUUUCUUGUUUUAUCUGAUUCACGUCGGCUUCUGUAUUUUCGCUGCCGUUGCUCCUCCUAUCAUCUUUAAAGGAAAAUCCCUCGCAGGAAUCCUUCCAGCCAUUGAUCUUAUUGGCGGGAAUGCCUUAGUUGGGAUUUUCUACUUCAUUGGAUUUGGACUAUUCUGCCUUGAGUCAGUGCUGAGCGUAUGGGUUCUCCAGCAAGUAUACAUGUAUUUCCGUGGCAGUGGCAAGUCAACACAAAUGAGGCAGGAGGCUGCUCGAGGCGCAAUGAGAGCUGCAUUUUGAUGCCAUUCAUUCAGUAAUAUAUUGACUCCAAAUAGUUGCCCUUUGUGUAUGGUAGAGACCCAAACCCAGUUUUCAGAUCUCAUUUCAUACGUGUUAUAUAUGAUUAUUUCUUUGUUUGCCUUUUCCAUUUAUGAUGUUGGUGACUCAGAAUAGUGCGAGGAUUGUUUCUGUACACAGUUUUAGGUCCAUUAAUUCUGAUUUGCACUUUUGAUAGUUGAAACUGAAAGGUUCAUUUUUCAAUUGCAGUGUGUACACUGUACA